AUGGGUACAUCAGAUAUAACACACCAAGCUAUCUGGGAAGUGAGCACAGCUAAGACUGGUACCAGUGUUAAGAAUCUAAUUGAUACACGGUUGGAUACCUUUUGGCAAUCCAAUUCUGGGGUACCGCAUUUCAUCACCGGUUAUUUCAACUAUCGAAGAAACAUCUGUGCUGUUGAGCUGUACGUGCACUACGGCAUCGAUGAUACCUACACCCCGAAAAUCGUCGUAGUUAGGGUCGGUGACCAUGUCGACUGUUUAGAGACUGUAGGUGAGUUCACCUUGAGCGCCCCCAUCGGAUGGGUCAAGCUACGUUUGGAGCCGAUGUAUUAUUUGUCGAAGGUCAUUCAACAACUCCCAGAUACACCCGAGGCAGCUCUAGCCUCCACGUUAAUGAGAGAGUCUUCAAGACAAGGUUUUUCGUGCUCAAUUAUACAAAUCGGUAUACUAGCCAACUUCCAGAAUGGACAGGACAGUCAUGUUCGUCAGGUCAAAGUGUUGGAACAAUGUUGA